CAGCAUGUGUUCAGUCCUGUUGUGCGGUGCGUGUGUUGAAGAUAUUGAGGGUUGUGCAGAUUUGAAUUCGGCGGUACUCGACAUUCAUUUGUUGGCCGAGGUAAUCCCCGCAACAGCCGAUAGGUAGCGUUCAGUGUAAACAAGAAAAAUGGCGAUGGUCGAAAGUCACACACAUGUGCAGUGCAGCUUCAAGGAGAUAGAACCUUUUCAUCGUGACGUAGCAAAUAUGAGGAAAACAUGAGUUCUUCAUGCCGUCUUUGCGUGAACCAUCUAGAUGAGUUCUGCUACAUUUGUGGUGAAUACGUUCUUCAAAAGAACAGGAAGAAUAUCACUCCUUUUGUGAAGGAAGCGUAUCUGGCAUAUUUCGGAAUUAAACUUGGAGAUCAAGACAAGGCGUGGGCACCCCAUAAAGUUUGUAAAUGCUGUGUGGAGUGCUUACGGCAGUGGACAAAACGAAAAAGGAAAAGCUUAAACUUCGGAGUGCCUAUGGUAUGGCGAGAGCAGAAGGACCAUACAGAUGAUUGCUAUUUUUGCAUUGUUAAUGUGAAAGGUUUUAAUAGGUUCAAAAAACGAAAGUGGGAAUAUCCCGAUUUGGAGUCAGCAAGAAGACCGGUGGUGCACAGCAACGAUGUUCCUGUACCAGCCUUCACAACAUUACCCACGCUAACAUCAUCAGAUGACGAUGUGCACGACGAGGAAUGUACAAGUAGUGGUUCGGAAUACGAAGGACGUGAGACACAACCCCAGCAGUUCGACCAGAAGGAGCUCAGUGACUUGAUACGAGAACUCAAUCUUUCAAAGCAAGCAUCAGAACUCUUAGCAUCCAGGCUUAAGGAAAAGAACUGUCUUCAUCCAAGUGUUAAAAUAACAGCUUACUGGACGAGAGAAGAAAACCUUCUUCCAUACUUCAACCAAGAAGAGGUUAUAGUGUAUUGCAGCAAUAUACCUGGACUUUUACUUGAAUUGGGGCUGCCGGAAUAUAGACCAGAGGACUGGCGUCUCUUCAUAGACAGUUCCACUAGAAGUUUAAAAUGUGUUCUCCUACACAAUGGCAAUCGUUACGCAUCUAUUCCAAUUGCCCACUCAACAAAACUUUGUGAAGCAUAUGCUAACAUCAAGAUGGUUCUGCAGAAAAUUCAGUGUAUGCAGCACCAUUGGUUGAUUUGUGUUGAUUUGAAAAUGGUGAACUUCUUGCUUGGACAACAAAGUGGAUACACAAAGCACCCAUGUUUUAUCUGCAUGUGGGAUAGUAGGGCAAAGCACGAACAUUGGAAGCAGAAAACAUGGCCUCCAAGGGAACAUAUGGCUGUUGGUGAAGCAAACAUCAUUAAUGAACCUCUGGUUAGUAGGGACAAGAUUGUUCUUCCACCAUUACAUAUUAAGUUAGGACUAAUGAAGCAAUUCACCAAAGCUUUAGACAGAAAUGGUAAUUGCUUCACAUACAUCUGCAAUACGUUCCCUGGACUCAGUUGUGAAAAACUUAAGGCAGGAAUAUUUGAUGGUCCUCAAAUUCGCAGGCUCAUCAACGAUACCAAUUUUACAAGUGUCAUGACUGUCACUGAAGCAUCGGCACUGGAACAGUUUUGUCGCUGUUGUAAAAUGUUUUUUGGGCAAUCAUAAAGCUCCCAAUUAUGAGGAACUGGUCAAAAACAUGCUCACUAACUUUCAAAACUUAGGAGCUAACAUGAGCAUAAAAUUGCACUUCCUUCACAGCCACUUGGAUCGAUUUCCUCGUAAUCUAGGUGAUUUCAGUGAGGAACAAGGAGAGCGGUUCCAUCAAGAUAUGAAAGGAAUAGAGGAAAGAUAUAAAGGAAGAUGGGACAGGCAUAUGAUGGCAGAUUAUUGCUGGAAUCUGCAACGUGACUGUUCUGAAGAGACCUAUAAAAGGAAAGCGUGCAGGAAGCGGUUCGUCAUGGACGGAAAAUGAUAUAGAGAAACUUUUCAAUUAUGUUUUAUACGUGGACAAAUGCCUAUCAGGUUUUC